AUUUUCUUUACUCUUUUCUCCUCUUUUUUUAUGAUUAGAAUGACCAUUAGAAAGCAAGAGACUUACUCGAUCACAUCCAACCAUUCAAUCAAAUCGAUUUGGGACAGGUUGUCCCAGUUACUGCAUUUUCAUACUCAAACAAGGUGCCUUUCUACUAGCUCUGAUCAAAGUCAGACCUCUUCCAAAACAAGGUACAGGAAAAAAUACACGGUUGAAGAUACCUCUGUGUCACCUAUCAUGAAGAUUCCACCUUUUAGUCCAACCUAUUGCAGACCAAAUGAGUUUCCAUACUCUAAUUUCUAUGUCAAGUUACCUAAUGGAAAAUGGAUGAUACGGUAUAGAUCUGGUAACCGUGAUAUCCUUGGUACUGAUGAAUUUGAAAGUUAUUUGAUAUAAACAAUCUCUCCUUUAUCCCUCCCUCCCUCCCCCCCCCUCUCUCUCUCUCUCUUUAAUGGUACACUCCUAAAGAUAAAGUAAAGAAAAGAGAGGGAAAAAGUUGUUUGUCGUCUCCUUUCAUCUCCUUUAAAUAUAGACACCUGUGGCUGACAAUAAAUCAAUGUAAUAAAAAAUUACUUUAUACAU